AUGGGGCCUGAGGAGUCGGUGAAGGAGGUAUCCCAGGCAGAGCCUGCGGAGCCAGAGUCUGCGGAGCCUGCACCUGCAGAGCCUCCAGAGCCUGCAGAGCCUGCGCCAAGUGAAGGUGGUCCAGCUGAGAAGGAAGGGCCAGAGGAAGCACCUCAAGAGUCAAGGGUGCAAGAUGUGGGCCUUCCCAUUCCCAAGCGCGAUGGCCCGGCACCCACGUCGAACGCCAGUGCGGCAGGUGAAAGUAACGCAGGAGUUCAGAGGAGUCCAACAGUGAGUCCCAGCGCCAGUCCGCAGCAGAGUGACUCCAGAGUGCCAGCGCAGAGGAGUCCGCCGGUGAGUCCAAGCGCAAGUCCUUCAGCAACACCGAGCAAGGAGCUCCCCAAAGAAGAGCUGCCGGAGCCCGUGUCACCUGGCUCUCCACUUCUGGCCAGUGCGGCCGCAGCUUCGCAUAAAGAGGUGACGCCGCCACAGACCCCACAGCUCGCCAGCUUCGCGCCCCCCUUGACCGAGAAGCAGAUGCUGCCGCAGCUGCCAGGCUCGCCACCACUACCGACUGGGAGUCCUUCGGCAGUAUCACCACAAGGCACACCAAGAGGCACUCCACGACGGCCCAGCGCAUCACCAGGAGGAAGUGUGCCCUUUGGCAGCCCGACCUCCGACUUCAAGACACCCACAGGAUGGAGUCCCAGUGGAUCUUUGGAGUUUGGCGGUGCUGGAUACAGCCCUGCGGCAAACUACCAGGACCCCUCCUCGCCUAGCGGCCCGAAAUUGGGCGCCCACAGCGUGGCAGAUCAGUCCUUGUUAGCGGCCAGCAGCAAGGCCGCAGAUGGAGACGAGUGGCGUGGUUGGACUAUCCAGACGUCUCCUCAAGGCAAGUUGUUUUACCAUCACAUCGCCUCCAACACGUCUCAAUGGCAAAUGCCACCAGAGCUAAGCCCGGUGCUUGGAGAGUGGACUCAAGUGGAAGAGGAUGGCAAAAGGUACUGGAGGAAUGAGAAGCUUGCCGUGUCCUCUUGGAAGGACCCUCGUCGAACCACCAAUCUUUUCCAGGCGGCGUUGGAUGGAAACCUCUUUUUCCUUCAACUCUACACAGAAGUUGGAGGGUUCUUAGACGCAGUCGACAGCAAAGGCCGGACGGCUUUGCACUACAACUGCGCUGGAGGCUCUGCGCAGGCCGUCAACUACUUGCUGCAGCAUGGCGCUAGCGUAGAUUUGCUGGAUCGUUCAGGUUCCACGCCCUUGCACUGGGCUGCACGCUAUGGUCACGCACCGAUUGUAAGGCUGCUGCUGGAGUCCAAAGCGCAUCCAGAUUACCAAAACAGCAUGGGCGACACCGCGAUGCAUGAGGCUGCUGCAUUAGGGCUUCUCGAGCCAUUGCAGUGGCUGGUACUGGCGAAGGCCAAUCCCACCCUCCGGAACCGCGAGUCCCGGAGCCCUGCAGAGGUGGCCGAUCGAGCGAACUCGAAGGAGGUGCUGCGGCUUCUACAAGAGCUAGAAGGAAGCUUUGCCUUGGACCGUCAAUCCUACUACACCACAGCUUCCUGGUGGUUGGACCGUGCCUUCUUUGUCUUGCCCACGGUGACACCCUGGAUGCGCCCGGGGCAUUUCAACUAUGUGGACGCUCAGAACCUCUACAAAGACUUUCCCCAGACGUUCCACCCCUGCGGCUGUUAUAACCCACAUGGUGCCGAGUUCUGUGCAGGUGUCCAGCUGGCCGAGGGCUUUGGGGAAACCACCAUGGGCGGUGCAGAGCCCACGGGGCCAACGAUCAAGCCACCAAAGUGGUUCCUGGGUACGGAACAGGAGACUGCCUUCAAUCUGUAUGCCAACCAUGGCGGAGGCUAUAUCUACAUGCUGUGCAAGCGUGACACCUUCCUUCAAUGUCGCCAGGAUCAUUUGGCAGAUCCUAUCCGAGGCUCGAGCCAGGAGCAGGUUGAUGCCUAUCUGAAAUGCAUUUGGGACUGCUUCGAAGCCAACGUUCUGGAAUUUGCAGACACUCAGUGGAUGGACUAUCAAGCGCAGAGGGACCUCAACGUGACGAUGAAGAUCACCAGCAAGAGUGGCUCAGACACAGAGCCGGAAGGCACUACCUGGCGGUGGAUCCCCAUCCCUGACACCACGCAGAUCUCUGGAGGUGGCGAAGGCUUGUGCUCCUGGGACGCCGUUGAGGCCUUCAGCGACGCUCAGGUGGAGCAGCUCUUUGCGGAGGACUUCGGUCCAAAGUCCGUCUGUGACGCCGGGCCCAAGAACCACAACCCCAACAACUGGGAGGUCCAUGACAAGGUACGGGUGCCCAACAACCUUCCCCCAGGUGAGUAUCUCCUCAGUUGGCGUUGGGAUUGUUACAUGGCAGAUCAGAUCUGGUCCAACUGCGCAGACGUGGAGAUCGUAGACCCUAAUGUCCCCACCACCACAACCACGAGCACCACAACAACGAGCGGAACUGGAUGUGUCGAUGAGCCGCUGCCCGCCCAGUAG